AUGCCGUACGUCACAAACCCAGCAGCACUGCCCGACCCGCUCUGCCACGAUCCAUGCCACGCCGAUCUGCGCCGCCGCGACUACUCACCGCUUCGGCCCAAACCACCGCGCCUCACGCCGCCACAGCUCAUGCCUCGCCUCACGCCGUCCGAAAACCCGCUGGUCUUGAUCAGCACACCCCGCCGCCGAUUGAGAUACGGCCAGAAAAACCCCAACCCCGAGCCAUCUGGAACCCGAAGCGCACCACCCAUGGAUGAUUCUCAGGCUAAAUCAGAUCGAAAGCCCGUCCGACAGCAACCCCAAGACGAUGGCAAGGUCCGGAGGCCAGCACCGGUAGGGGAGCCGCCGGACGAGAUCGAAUAUUGGAGUGGAAAAAAACCGGACUUUGGGGAUUUUAGGGUUUCUCUCCCGAGGUGCGGGACUCAACAAUCUGGCAAUCUAAAUGACCCUAGGGGAGCAGUUUCCGGGGUAAUUGGUUUUGACCAGCAAAAUACAACCAUGCUUUCACAGCUAGCAGCCGCAGGAAAGGUGAGGAAUAAAUUUGCACACUGCUUGGAUAGCACGAAACAAGGUGGUGGAAUCUGGGCUAUAGGAGAAGUCGUCGAACCCAAAAUGAAGUACACAUCACCUAUCGUAUCAAAUCAGUCUCUUUACAAUAUUGUGGUGGAGAAAAUUGAGGUUGGAAGUGAUGCUAUAGAACUUCCUAUAAGUGGUGGUGGUGUUUUGGAUGAAACAUCUGGCAGCAGUUCAGACCAAAUUAUUGCAAUUUUUGACAGUGGUACAACAUUGGCUUAUUUGCCACCAAAGUUGCAUGAACCAAUAGUGAAGAAGAUAUUGGCUACGGAGCCUGGAUUGAAAUUUAAAAAAAUUGAUGACGGCAUGCACCCAUGUUUCGAGUAUUCCAAGAACAUUGAUGAGAAGUUUCCUAUUGUCAAGUUCACUUUCAAGAAUUCCGCUUCAUUGUGGGUGUAUCCUCAUGAUUAUCUGUUCUGGAACCAUGCAUGGAAUGUUGAAAAAGAAGAAGCAGGAAACAGGAAGGAGGACACUGGAAGAUAG